AGCAGGAUUCGCUGGGUGGAUCGCCUGAAAGCCGGGGGCUGGCAAUGAGGGCUCUCCGGAGAGCAGUUCCUCGGCACCCCCUGCGCUCCCCCGGCGGGGCCGCGGGCAGGCAGCGGCUCGGCGCUGCUGACAAGUGCUAAGCCCUCCUCGCAGCUUGAUGGGCACCCCCGGUGCUGCUCUGCACGUCUCGGAGAGCGUUGACGUGGGAAGGAGCGGCGAAGGGGGGGCUGGAGGAGCGAGCUGCGGCUCCUCUAAAACUCCGGAGGGCAUGCGAGGCUGCGGGCAGGCUGGGGAGGAGGCCGAGGCCAGCGCGCCCCGCACCAUGCGCCCCGGCCGCCCGCGCCGCGCCGUUCCGGACAUGCCCCUCCUGUGAGCGGACGCACCAUGAGCAUCUGGGAGGUGAUCCUGGCUUUCGUGGUGGUGGUGCUGAUGCUCGUGGCCCUGCUGGCCAACGUGCUGGUGCUGAUGUGCUUCCUGUACAGCGCUGACAUCCGCAAGCAGGUCCCAGGAUUGUUCAUCCUCAACCUCACCUUCUGCAACCUGUUGAUGACUGUUCUCAACAUGCCCCUGACCUUGGCUGGGAUCAUUUACAAGAGUCAACCGGCAGGAGAUCACAUCUGCCACAUUGUGGGCUUCCUGGAGACUUUUCUCACCACGAACUCCAUGCUGAGCAUGGCAGCUUUGAGCAUUGACAGGUGGAUUGCUGUGGUCUUCCCUCUCAGUUACCACUCCAAAAUGAGGUACAGAGAUGCUGCUCUGAUACUGAGCUACACGUGGUUGCACUCCGUGUCCUUCCCCAUAGUGGCAGCGUCUCUCUCCUGGGUGGGUUUCCAUCACCUCUAUGCCUCCUGCACCCUGUACAACAAGAGACCAGAGGAUAGGACACAGUUUGUGAUUUUCACUGUGGUCUUUCACACCCUCAGCUUCCUCCUCUCCCUUGUAGUCUUGUGUUUCACAUAUCUCAAAGUGCUGAAGGUGGCACGGUUUCACUGUAAGCGGAUUGAUGUGAUCACUAUGCAGACCCUGGUGCUGCUUGUGGACAUCCACCCCAGCGUAAGAGAGCGUUGUCUAGAGGAGCAGCGGCGGCGGAGGCAGCGAGCGACCAAGAAAAUCAGUACCUUCAUCGGUACUUUCAUACUCUGUUUUGCACCUUAUGUAAUUACAAGGCUUGUUGAAUUAUCCUCUGUGGUCCACAUCAGCUCCCACUGGGGAAUCAUGUCCAAGUGCUUAGCUUACAGCAAAGUGGUUUCAGACCCUUUUGUGUACUCUUUGCUGCGGCAUCAGUACAAGAAGACAUGGAAAGACCUCAUAAACAAGAUCCUCAAAAGAAGCUCCAUCAACUCCUCUGCCCUCACAAGCGAGCCGCACAAUCGGAAUGUUUUGCAGCUGAGUGAGUGAGGAGCCUGGUAUGGGACCUGCAAGGCACAGCAAACAACACGUGAUGGGAAACAAAAGUAGCUGGCCUACCCCUAGUAGCUAUCCUCAGCUGCCAAGGCUUUGGGAGGCAGUCAAGGACAUGCUGAAGCCCAGCCUGUGUCCCUCCAGUAGCCCAUCUGACACCCAAGGCAGGCGGGCUGCCUCCAGCUCUUGCCUCCGACUAAAAGAGUGCUAUUGAUCUGUGGUCCUGCUGGCUUUGCAAAUACAAACCUCUCAUUGAUUUCCAUCAGCACUUGCACAUAAAUAGAGGGUAAAAAGCUAGUCCUCAGCAAAAGGACUCAUGAAAGUCAUGGGAGCAAACUGAUGCCACCACAAGGUUAUUCUGCAAAGCUGCACAGGGAUAUUUGUGCUGCAGGUAAGGCUCCCUCCAAGGCAGCUGCCAGCCUGGCCUUACAAAAACCACCCCAACCUGGCUGCUUGGCUAUGUCAUGUGUAGAAAAACACUCAGUAAGACAAUUCUAAUGGAAAAAUCUCUACCUAGAUACUCACACAAUGCCCAACAUGGCUUUCAAGUUCUUCUGACACCUGUUUUGUGAACACUCCUGUAGAACAGAAGGAGAUGCCCAGUUCUGGCUGGAUUCAGCCCUCUCUUAUCUAAGGGUUUGUAAAGUCAUUUCCACAGAAUCCCAUUAUUCCCUCCUGAUAACAUUUCAGGAAGGUCAAGCCAGUGGAUGAGAUGGAAAGGUCACAAUGCCUCCUGCCUACCUUCCAGCAUAUCUGAGCUCUAAAGAGAUGCAUUUUGCCCAAAGAUGCAGAACUGGGCCCUGUGCCCAGGGGAAAAAAGUAAUCUAUUUUUUCUGAGGUGUUAUUAAUCCUGUUGGUUGGUUGGGUUUUUUCCUACAGGUAUGCUACUUCAAGGAAAGAUGAGCCUAAAAUUGGGUUUUAAAGUAUAAUUUUCAAAGCAGGGAUGCAAAGCCAACAGAUUCCUUCUCCACCGUGAAAGUGCAGCCAAUAAACUGCAAGUGCAGCUCCCAGAGCUCUGGACUGCAGCCAUGCAGAGUAAUGCUGCCAGGAACUGCCAUUCAUUCACUUCAGCCUGCAGCUAGCCCAGGCCUGAGCACCAGUGAGACUUUCAAACCAGGACAAUCCUGGGUGGCACACCUCCUCUUCAUUUUUGUUAGGUUAUUUAUUUCAUUGUAAGCACAGCUACAGCUGGGAGAUGGCUGCACAACUGUCGCACAGAGAUGGGAUGCUGAAGCCGUCCUCCAGCCUCUCAGGAAGAGUUACUUUCCUGGACGCUUUAAGCUUCUCUCAGUUCAGCAGAAGCACUAUGGAAUGGGAAAGCUUCCCAAGUGUUUUCUUAUUGACUUAGCCCUAGAAUAGCCAAAGCAAUAACUAGUCAGUUGUCAUUUCUGCUGCUAUGACUUUUAGGAAUGACUGAGUUCUGAAACAACUCACACCAAUGCAGUGUCUUGUCCUUACAAACCCUUAAAAUUCCUUUCAAUCCAUUGGCUUCAAAUACUUCACAUUUGUAAUCUGACUGGCAAAAGACUUAACUCCAGUUCUGAGCUUAAUUCUGCAUGUGUUUUUCCCCCCCAGAAAAUGACUUACAGUCCAUAAGACAUGAGAAAUUAACUUUGUUUUGGUGUGGGUAGGUCAAGAAAGCUCCUGCUCCAGUGGCCAUGAGGUAGGAUAAUGAACUAAAUUAGAGCAUUUCCUAUUGCUUGUGCCAAGUGACCACCAGCAGUCAUUCUGCAGGCAUCAGCACAUCCCAUCUUGCAAGCUCUACCACAGACAGCAGUCUCCAAUAGGACAGACAUUCCAUUUCUUUCAUACCUUACACACUGGUACAGUUAGAUAAUGGCUGGGCUUGGGGAGCUUCAAGGUCUUUUCCAACCCAAACCAUUCCAUGCAGAAGUGUCCAGUGUUGGAGUUUCUGGCCAGUUACCUUUCUGAGGUAACUCAAAGUGAGGAUGAACACAGCAAUGAACAUGGGGUAAGACCUCAGCUGCAGGUCUGGAGAGCUUUGCCAGGGUAAGAUAAGGGUAAGGGCAAGCCC